UUGUCCAGCGUUUGCAGGGUACAGUGCUCUGUAGGAUCUCGCUCAGUUCUAACCAACCUUCUCAAACACCAUCAGCAUCAUCAUGAAGUGCGACGCAGUGAUCGAGAAAAUUAAGGCCCGCGUUGCCUCGAUCGACCCGAACGGUCCGCGUAAGGUGCUCGGUGUGUUCCAGCUGAACAUCGAGGCUGCCGAUGGCAUGCACGAGAUUGUUGUCGAUCUGAAGGCACUGAAGGUGUCGGACGGUAAGGCCGGAUCGCCCGAUGUGGUGAUCAACCUGAAGGAUGAGGACUUCAUCGCCAUCGGUACGAAGCAGGUCCCGGUGAAGGAUGCCGUCGCCCAGGGCAAGGUGACGAUGACUGGCGAUCAGAACCUCUUCCAGGCCUUGGUUGAUGCGAUCUAAACAAAGAGACUGACUGAAUCGAUAAAAAUAAAGAUUUGGAGCACUGGUCGUUCUCCCUUUUCCUCCAAGCAA